AUGGAUAUUAAUGAUAAAUAUCGCAAAAGCCAAGUAAACGGAACGAUUUAUAUUAGCACAUGCAAAAAUAUUUCACCUGCGCUGCAACAGGCACUCGAAAGUGGUGAUGGAGAGCUGUUUCUCACGAGCAUACCGAGACAGAUGACGGCUGAGAAGCUCGUAAAGCUUGCUGAACAUUUUGGUGAUAUUUAUUGCCUGCGAUUUAAAAUCGACUUCAAUGGCUAUUCUCGCGGCUAUGCCUACUUGCAGUAUAUCGAUGCGGAACUCAUGACUAAUGCUUUAAAUAAACUACCUCAACAUUUUCGAUCCCAUAACCUAGGCAUAACUGUGGAAAAAUCAAUGAAUUGUCGAGUCUUGAUUUUGCACAAUGUAGAGGAACUGUCUCCGAUUCAAGUCUAUUGCGAGUUGCGCAAACUCGGGCGAUAUGUUAAGCUUCGCGUGCAGGAAUGCCGUCCCAAAUGCUAUAUCUACUUCAUAAUUUUUGUGAAUAAUGAAGCAGCAGCGGCUGCCCAUCAUAAUAUUCGCGAAAAAAUUGGACUUUUUGGUACGCAGGCGCGCGUUAGUUGGAUAAAAACCAACUGGGAGGAAAAUGUGGACUCAGCUGCCUGCUGCAAGCUGCUGCCCCGUAAUAGGAACUGGACUUUUGAGGACCUUCAACUUUCGCCAUGUGGCUGUUUCAAAAUUUAA